AAAAAUAAAAAAGAAAAAGAAAAAGGAAAAGAGAAGAAUAGAAAGAGAAAAGCUUCCGCUUUCUUUCCAGCCAUGGAUUCUACUCCUCUUUCAAAAAGCUCCUCCUUUCUUCCAUUUCUAGGUUUUCAAUCGAAAAACCCUAGCUUUAAAUCUCUUUCCCUUUCUCACUCCCAUCAUUCCUCCAACCAGACUUCUUUUGAUUUCGGCCGAUUUUCAUAUUCUCCUUCAAUCUACCUUCCAAUUCGUGGGCACGAACUCCAGCUGUUUGAUGAAUUGCUUCAAUGGUCAUAUUCGAAAUUUCUCUUAACCGUGAUCGGACUUCGAGUUUGGUUACCAGCUGGGACUUGGUUGUGCUUAUGUCAGAAUGAACAAUUCAGAUUGUCAUUGGAGAACACAUAAAUGUAUUAAACAAGGCAAAUAGAGUUUUUGGAAAGUCUCAUCCAAGUCCAUGGGAGGCAUAUUACAUCUUUUUGACUUCAAUCAAGCUAGCACAUCCCGGAAAUUGUUGACACACAAGAGGCAUGCUGGUGGCCUGGAAGCUCCACGAAAUAGCUUGGAGCUGCCUAUAGAGACAUUGCAGAGCUAUCACACCAUUCACGAAAACAUACCGUAUUCAUAUCAAGUGAAGCAGCAUUCAUCUAAAAACAAGUUUUAUCCAAGUGGAAUCCCCAUGAAAAAGUUGAUUGACGAGGAGGUGUCCAAACAAACCGAUAGCAGGCGCAAUGUCCCCAGCGUUGUUGCCCGUCUGAUGGGGGUGGAUACGUUACCGUCAGAUGUAAAACCAGUGGUCUAUGCAAAGGAAAAAAAGAACGAAAAUGCAAGGAACAAACAGGCUGAAAAUGGUUCAGCUCACUUUAGUCCACUCAUCUCAAAACCUGCCAAGCAAUCAAAACAAGAUUUUCUACUCCCCAGCAACAAACAGGUUCCUGAAAAAUUCAAUGACCGCCUUAAGUUCACAAGACCACAGCAUCGGGAACAUCCCCAAGAGGAGCAACUACAGAAAUUCAAGAAGGAAUUUGAAGCAUGGCAAGCAUCCAAGGUCUGGGAACAUUCAAGGAGUGUUGAACUGGGAAAUAAUCCUAGAAAAUGGAAAUAUAACCAAACCCUCGCACAAGAAAGUCUCAACAAGGAAAAGAUGGUGCGACAUGCAGAUGCUAAGAGAAACCCAGCAGAUGGAAAGCCGAUAGAACCCAUGGAUUAUACUUCGCCAACUACAUCAAAAACAAGCACAGAACAACUAGGUGGUUUACGAAAUCACAGAUAUAAGAGUAAGGAAGUCAUGACUUUAAGGAACAGGAGCAAAAGUUGUGACUUUGAGGAGUUCCCCAAAAUGAAUUGUGAUGAGAAAUUUGGAAGAUCCUCCAUACCCACGAGGAUAGUGAUCUUGAAGCCUGGUCCUGAAAGGACCGACGAUCCCGAAGAGUCCUGGGUCGGCUCAUCAGAGAUAGUUGAAGAGGAAGGUAGUAUUGAAGAUUUUCUUGAGGAGGUGAAGGAAAAACUCAGAUUGGAAAUAGAAGGGAACAUUAGGAAGGAUACAACAGUAGGAGGGAUGAGAAUCGAGACUCCUUCCAGGGAAAGGCCAACAGACCCAAAAGAAAUCGCUCGACAUAUAGCAAAACAAGUCAGAGAAAGUGUUACUAGGGACCUUGGGAUGAAUUUGCUGCGGUCGGAAUCCACCAGAUCAUAUCGCAGUGAAGUUCAACUCAAUGGGCCAGGCUCCCCUGAGUUCAUUGACAAAGAUACAAGGAAAUUCUUAUCAGAACGGCUUAGGAACAUCCUAAGAGAUGAAGGGGAUGUGGACAUUCCCAUGGUUAUCAGUGGCAGCUUGAAAAAUCCUGCAUUAGACAGGGAAGGAGGAAGACUUAGAUCAAUGGCUUAUGCUGCUCAGACUGGGAAAAAGACGAGCUACUGGGGAAACAUGAGAGACGAGCCUGGAACAACAAAAACCAGAUCUUUCAGACAUGAGAAGAAGAAUGAUCAUGCAUUCAAUACUGGAGAAGUAUCCCCAAGGAACCUUAUCAGAUCUUUGUCAGCUCCAGUGUCAGGGACAUCCUUUGGGAAGCUUCUACUAGAGGAGCCACACGUUUUAACGGGAGCCCACAUCAGAAGGAAGCAUGAAGCUGCAGAAAAUGUUUCAGUGGAAGUGAGAAAAACCAGGAAAGACAGGUUUAGUUUCAGAGGGAAAGUUUCCAGUUUGAGAUAUAGUUUAACUCUCAGGGGCAGAUUAUUCGGCAAGAAGAUUCCAUUGGUGGAGGAAUCAGGAGCAAACGAAUCUGAUUUUGUGAAGGCUUUCAUGACUGCACCAUCAGUUCUGAUGAAUUUGGGUGCUGUUCAGGAGAACUCAACUGAGGUGCCACCCAGCCCUGCGUCAUUGUGUAGCAGCCCACAUGAGGAGUAUGCUAUGCAGGGAGAGCAACGAUGCCCAGUCUCCGCAUUGGAUGUACCUUUUGUUGAAGAUAACCCUGUUCCACAGAUCUUCAGAGAGAUCAACUCUAACCUUCAAGAGCUGAAGAAACAGUUAAAUGACCUUCAGUCGGAUGCACCCCAAGAAGCAGCGAUCGAAGAGGAUCCUUUGGAGGUUGAAGUAGUAGGUUUAGAGUGCCAAGCACAAGUUUAUAUAAGAGAUAUCCUCGUUGUUUCCGGCUUGUAUGAUGGUUCAUCUACACUAGCAGAGCCAAUUGAUUGCUGUGUGUUUGAGGAAGUAGAAGCAGCUUACAAGAGACGUGGCAAGGAGGGUGAAGGGGCUGCCAAAGGCAAUGAUGAGAGCAAGGUGGGCCACAAAGUGUUAUUUGAUUUGUUAAAUGAAGUAAUAUCAACUAUACUAGCAUCUCCUGUAAGCAAGUCUAGAUUCAUGAGAGGAGUCCUGGGCUCAACCAUGGCGAUGCCACUUGGGAAGAAAUUGUUGGAUGAUGUAUGGAGGAUGAUGCACGUUUAUAUAUAUACUUUGGAGAAUCGAUGUCAAUCACUUGAUGACAUGGCUGCCGACGACAUGGCACGGGUGCCUUGGUUAGGUACGAUGCAUUAUGAAGUCGAUGCAAUUGGAAGAGAGUUGGAGUGGAUGAUUGUGGGGGAGUUAGUUGAUGAAGUUUUGAGAGAGAUGUGUCAUUAAUAAUUCAGUGGCGUGUAUUAGUUUUGUGCAAGGGUGAUUAUUGUUUGGCAGCAGUUUGAGGAACAUUAUGAUGGAUGGAUGCAGAUGCUGAUGAGCGAUGUAGAUUUCGAGGUUGGUGUUUAUAAGGAACGUUGAAUGAUGUACAGGAAUGCCACCAUCGAUUCAUCACAUUGAUGUAGAUGGAUGUCCCUAGGGAGAUGAUAGCCACUGAAAUUUGCUUGGGGGAAAUGUACAUUCAUGGUUGCUCAUGUUCUUGUUCA